GAAAACGAAAACACUAACACACACAGUCAGUAGUGGUGUAACAAUAAUUGAAGUCAAGAAGUAGUGGAUUUUUCAAACAUUGUGAUUCAUUCAAUGAAAGUGAAGUUCAUUAUUUGAAACAUAAAUAUUCUUUACCUAUUGUGCAACAUUCAUUGAAAAUAUUUUAUAGUUUUUGUUUGUGCAUCAAGAACAAGGAAUCAUGGAAAAAACAUAACCUGUCUAACAUAAGUUUUUGACUGAUAUAGGCUACUUACAAUAUUUGCAAUUAGUUAAGAAUCUAAAAUAUUUUAACUUACUUAAUUGAUUUAGCAUAGUAUACGAGCAAUAUCAUGUAUAAACGAAAAACAAAGUCUGGUGGCUUAGGUAUAGUCCGAACUAUUUCCAAAACACAACAGAAUGUAGCUGAUAAAUCAGAAAAUGUGAAUCCUAAUAAAACUUCACAAAUUCAAUUACCUAGUAAAAUCAUUACCAAAACACAACAGAAUGUAGUUGAUAAAUUUGAAAAUACUAGGCCUAAUCCUAACAAAGCUUUGCAAAUUCAAUCAUCUAGCAGAACUCCUUCAAAAGUUGACCUUAACAAAUCUGAUGAUGAGAUUCAUUCUGAUCCUGAGCCUUCGCCGAAGAGGUCUAGAAGGUUUGUGACUAAUGACAGUUCUUCUAUUAUGAAAGAUCUUUCCUUUAGUACUCUACAAGAAACACGAGACAAUAAAACACCAUCAAAAUUGCACAAGGUUAAACCUAAAGUUGUUCCUAGUAACAAAUUGAAUGAGAUAGAAAUUAACAAUAGCACACAACAAAAUAAAAAAGCAUUUGCUAAACCUUCAUUAUGUGCUCCCUCUGACAAUAAUAGUAUUCAAAAGAAAGUUAAGAAGAAUCCUGUAUAUAACAAGAAAGACACAUAUCUUGAGGAAUUGUUUGAAGAGGCAGGUUUAACUUUGUCAGAUGGGACCUCUCCGAAUGUUCUGAAAACAGACCAGGCAAUUUUUAUUAGAGAUAUCAACAAUGCAAUUUCGUCUGAUGGAAAAGAGCUGAAAAGAAAUGUUGAGCACAUAAUGAAGGACUUGGAAACAUAUUGUAAUAACAUCAAAUGUUUGAAAUUUGCUGUGUUCUUCACUGAGACAUCCACCGAGUGUGAUGUAUCCCGAGGCGACACACAGGACAGUCUGAUGCGUAUGUUGCUACAAGUCAACUGCCUGCAGACUCCAGUCACGGAGUUGUUGAUGGACAAACUCGCCAAAAUUGUUAUGGAUGGAACUGGUGAAGACGAUGAUACACCUGUCUUAUCUUGGGUGAGGAUGAUACUUCAGUGUUUUAGAUUCCUGAACAGUGUGCUGGAUGGCAGUUCUGUAAAUGAGCGACUUUUAGAUGUUGUACUAGCAACAUCGGACGUGACAAUUCAACAAGAAGUCGUGAUAUCACUGCCAGACAUCAUCAGUGAUGCUGAGCACCAUCAUGCAGCUUUGGAAUUGAGCAAGUUGAUUCGCAAGAGUAAUCCCCAGCUUAUGGCCAGUGCUCUGGAGGCACUUACGAACCUCUCCCUGCAACCUGAGGUCAGAGCCCAAGUGCAACCUGUCCUGAUGAAAGCCCUCCACAAAGUUCAACCAGAAUUCUUGCCAGCCAUCCUAAAAUUUCUGUUUGCCGAUAAUGACCCCCCUCUCUUGGACGAGAUAAUUAGUUACAUACGCAAUGAGCUGGAUUUAGCCGAGAUAGAGGGUGAUGUAGCCAGUAUUCAGGUGCUGGUAUUCAGCACAUUGAGAGAUGCUCUCUUGUCCUCUAGAACUUUGCCAAACAUUUGGCAGAAAAACAUUUCUUCUGUCAAAUCACAGGUGGAACACAAGCCAAUAGAUGUUAUAAUGCUGUUGAUACUUCUUUCGACAACAAAUGAUCCAGUUCGCCAAAAGUCUGUUGAAGGAGUUUUCCGGAAUAGAAUACGCUCAGAUUUGUUUACUGAGGCAUUGAUAAAUGAAACAUUGAAGAACUACAUAGCUGUAAUCAAAGAAUACUUUCAAGUUGCUACAAAAUUAGCCGGUGCUUUGCUGAGAUCUACAGAGCCUGCUGUAGUCGAGUUUGCUUCAAAAAUGUAUAUAGGAAUGUUCGAGAACACUGAGGGCCUGUGGUGUAAGUGGGUGUUGUCAGAUCUGCAGGUGUGUGUGGGUGCAGGCGAUGCGAAUGUGGCACGGGCUGCUCUCAAUGUCCUUCAACAUCUGACCAAUCAACACCACAACAAAGUCAAGCCUCUCGGAGUCAUACUCAUGCUGUUGUUGAACAAGUUGAGCGAUCUGGCUCUCAGUGAGGUGUGUCAGCUGAUGGACAUACUCUGUCACAUAGCCUACUCGGAGGAUGACACUAGCUUGUCCGACUGCUCUAUCCUGCAGGAGGAGAUCAACAUCUUGGUCCAAAAACAACUUGCAAGUUCCCAGCUCAACAUCCUGAGGAGUGGUGUUGUCGGCUGUGUGAUGACUAUAAAACAUAUUGCUUCUAUACCACAACCAGAGAACUCAGAGAUGAGCGACACAAACAAUGAAGAGAUAAGUGAAAAGGCAAAGAGGGCAGUUCAGCUACUGGAAAUGCUGCUGUCAAGCACCAGGAAGUGUGUGGAGGCUCACGGUUUAGCUCUGGAUCAGUUGUCACACCUGCUGAUAUCUGGCACUACCACAGGCACGAUGCUCGACCCCCUCGUUCAUUAUAACUUUGACCUUGAUAGAAAUGCUGCUGUCGAGCACCAGGAAGUGUGUGGAGGCUCACGGUUAGCUCUGGAUCAGGUGUCACACCUGUUGAUAUCUGGCACUACCACAGGCACGAUGCUCGACCCCUCGUUCAUUGUGAAAAUGCUGCUGUCGAGCACCAGGAAGUGUGUGGAGGCUCACGGGUUGGCUCUGGAUCAGUUGUCACACCUGCUGAUAUCUGGCACUACCACAGGCACGAUGCUCGACCCCUCGUUCAUUAAAAACCUUUCAAGCCUGAUGCGGGACAGCCUUCAAGAUGUUUUUCUAAUAUCCUACUCAGAUUUUGAUUCAAAGGACGAUGUUGUGAAGUCAUCUCUUCAGUUUUUUUUGGACGAUGAUACAGAUGGAGCAAUUGCAUUGAAUCUUUCUCAACUUGUUGCAGUAGAAGCAGACAGCUCAAAACCAAGACCCAUGAUGGGGAUGAGCUGCUUGCACCCUCUACUGCGGUUGCUGAGAGGUCUGGAGAUGAAUGAUCUAAGCGAGAUAGACGCUCUGCUGGGCUGUGCCAUCGCCAUGCCAGUGCCUGCUGUAUAUACAGAGUUCAGCCAGCUCUCGGCCUACCAGCAACAUCUGGCACUGCACUGUCUGUUCCAUUGUAUUAACUGGCUCCUCGAAGUUGUCAACUGCUUUGCCUUUCUUGUCAAGAAGAAUGAACCUGAAAAGGUGUUAAUGAGGUUGAGAACGAUUGUCUGGUUACGUGGCCUGCUAGCUCGCUGCCUACCCCAGGCCAUGGAGUACACACCCCCGAUGUGUCACUUUCAGGCUUUGCCCAAGCCGAAACUGACUUCAGGCGAGAAGCCAACUAAGAAAGCCACCAAAAAGAAGGGGAAGAAAAAAGGGAAAAAGAAGCAAGAUGGUGAGGAAAGUGUUCUGACAGGCAAAGAUAAUGGCAGUCAACAAGAAGAAGAAGAAGAUGAAGAAGAACCAGUAGAAGAGAAGGCAGCUGAUUUAUCAAAAUAUAAAUACUACUUUAGAGAAAUAGACAUUGAUAUGUGGCUAGUACUGACACAACCCCUUACACUUUCACCUUCCCCAGAGAAGGAUGGACAGUUUACACCAGAGUUGGGGCCAAGCGAGCUGUUGUUCCUGCUGGAUGACUACGUGGCAAAGCUGUCUCGUGUCCUCACCACAUCCAACAAGCGGAUGUCAUUCCUCAAGACCACUGUCAAUCAGAACAUUGGCUUUGAAAAUCUGGACAAGUUCACGCCACUCCAUCUAGCAAAAAACACAAUAAAACUGUCAUCUUAUCUGUGUUCUUUCUUGGAGAAGACUAUGGAAUAUACUCAGAAUUUGGUCAAAGUGAAUGAUGGAAUACUGGAUGCUACGGGCAUGUUUAUGGAGGGAUCUGCUGACAUUAAGAAAUGCCAAGGAAGGAUAUUGAAGAUCUUGGCGAUACUAUUUUCUUGGGUUGGAUUUCAAAACCAAGUAAACCACAGCUAUCUAGUAGCUGGACUGCAGAAGGUGGCUAGUCGGAUGAGUGGUGGAUGUGAGUCCAAGAGCAAGUCCAAGAAGUUGCUUGUGCGGGAGUGCGUGCAGUAUCUGAGCCAGUGCCACCCACAUGUGCUGGACCUGGCAUCAGCAUGCACACUGGUGGAACUCAUCAAGGCACUGGUGCAUCAUGCAGAUGAUGACUCCACUCUUCGAGCCAGCAUCGCGUCGAUCUGUGAGGAGUUGUUGAGCCGGCAGUGGUACGACAUGAAGGGGAACCGAGAAAAGGGAGCUGAGUUAAAUAGUCAGGCCAGUGAGCUGUUGUCUGCCUACCUCUGCCACUCCGAGGAUCAGCUGGUUGCUGUCACCAAGACACUGGGUUGGCUGUCCACCGAGUCUCAGCAGCUCACUGACAAGGACGCCUGUCUCUCCACCUUCCCUGCCUUCUCCAGAUCAAAUGUACACAUCCUGAUCGGAGGACUGCUAAAGGGCUUGGAGGGUGCUGUAAGACAGAAGCUGGAGGAGCAACCAAGUGACAAGGAGCAACUGGAGCUAUGGACUGCUCUUACUCAAGGGUUGGAGACCCUGGUCACUGUGGUCAAGGCCAACGACUCCAAACCCAACCUCAGAGCCUUUUUGAAGGGUUGCACAGUUAUCCUGAAGUUAUUCCUGUCUCAAGGGAUGUCGACUUGUACAUUCAUGUUCAAACAUGAACCAGCCAUAGUCUCACAGAUCUUGAAGAAGCUGCAAGUUACCACUAGAUACAUACAAACCAUUUGCAAUUUUGUCAAGGUCAGUAAGGACUUGGGGUUAACUCAGUUCCUCCCACCAAUCAGGGCUGUGAUGGAGUCAAUUCUGCUACGUGUCAAGAGCAUCAUUGUCAUCAACAACUGUACCGAUGCAUUCUUCAUGGGCAGCAUGAAAAACAGGGAUUUGAAAGGACAGGAAAUACAAUCUCAGGAAACCCCACCAGAAGACGAAGAAGAAGGUCUCCAAAAUGGAAGUGAGUCUGAAGCAGAUAAAAGUGAUGAGGAUGAUGAAAAUGCUGGAAAUGAAACAGACAAUGAAGAAAAUGAAGAAACCGGAGAAUCAGUCAGCAUCUUGUGUUAAUUGUUUGUUUCUGUGAGCUAUGUUUUCCCAUUUGGGACUAAUGAGUUUUUACAACAUGAACCUUUGUGUACUUGUAAAUUGUUAUAUUUUGUUAAGUAAUGUAAGUAAAAUAUUUUAUUUCGUUUUCUAAAAAUGUUGCAAUGUGUAGCAUAUUUCAUACACUAAAAACUAUAAUACAAUUUAUAUUGAGUAAGUGAGUUGUUAAUAAAAUAUAAUUUUUAUGAAGCCGUCA